UUUUUUUUAUGUACGUGUCUGUUGAAAUAGAUGAGUUUGUAUGUUGAUUGUUUUGACAUGGCUAAAAUUGAAUGAUUCCGAUCCUUUCAUAUUUCAAGUUGCCUUAUUAGCAGUGGUGUUAUCAUCUCCUUGGGUGACAAAUAUUUAACAGGAUAAAAUAAAAACUUGGAUAAAUACUUAGAUAAAUAGAACAAACAAAGGAAAGAACAAACAAAGGAAAGAUCAAACAAAUAAAAAACAACAAGUCUAGAUGUCAAUAAGAAGCGAAUUCAACGAGAAUAGGAGGGGGUGGAUAGUUUUCAUCAGCGUCGUCUUCAUCACCAUCACCAGGGCUGGCUUCUACUACAGUUUCGGCAUCAUUGUUGCCAAACUAACCGAAGAGUUUAAUGAGUCCGUUGCUCUGACAAGUUGGGUAGGAAUCGGCGCAAUAGCGAUAACAAACACCUUUUCCUUCGUCCCGACCCUGGUCAUUAGACGCCUCGGACGCUGCGGCUAUCGCGUUUGUGGUAUCGUCGGUACUGUAUUGGAAGGUAUUGGACUGUUUAGUACCUCUUGCAUGCAGAAAGUACCUCACAUGUUUUUCACAUAUACCAUUUUGUUCGGUGUCGGUUCUUGUUUCGUUAACAUGGCUUCAAAUCUCAUCGUGACCGCGUUUUUCCCGCGUGGUCAUAAGAGGCAUGUUUUUGCUACGACCAGCGUUUACUGUGGGUACGCUAUCGCCAGCUUGAUUUACAACCCAUUAACGAACACCGUUGUUGAAGGUCUCUCGUGGAGAGUGGCCUUCCAAGCCCAGGCCACCCUCGUCAUCCUGGUCGGAGUUGCUGGUUCCUGGACCUUCGUCCCGAAUAAUGAAGAUAAAGAGAGCAAACCAUUAAAUGCUGACCAACACUUCAAUCACACAACUGAUGUUGAAACUUCAACAAAACAACAACAACAUUAUCGUCAUCAUCAAGAACAACAACAACAACAUCAACAACAACCUCACGAAAACCUACAACAAGAUGAAUCCAACUCUAUGAAAUCGAACGCUAGAGCAUUCUUGAAAUUGGACGUUGUCUGCUGGCUCGUUGCUGCAUACUUCAAUGCCAUCUCUUACUUCACUCCAUUUUUCAUACUGCCCCACUACAUGAAGAAGAAAAACCUAACAACUUUCAACAUCUCCCUCAUCAUGAUGAUGCUCAGCCUAUCAGAAUGCCUCAUCUAUCUCGUGACGUCACUUCCGGGUGAUUUAUUAGCGGGAAAAUUAAUUUACGUUCACAUUACUGCUAGUUCUUUGUUGUGUCUACUCAACUAUUUGUGGUCGUUGCUGGAUGCAAAUUAUGGGAUGAUCCUUGCGUUAGCCAUGUCUGAAGGCCUGCUGAUAGCUCUGAACUGCGUGUAUGUGUAUGCUUGUUCAGCCGAGGUGACGGAUAUCAACAUUGAAAUAGCUUGGUCGGUGACGAAUAUUUUCAGUGGAUUCGGAGUUAUAACUGCUCCUUUGUUCUCAGGUUUCAUUUACGAUCUGACUCUAUCAUACUAUGGAGUCUUCUUCAUGAUGUCAUCGGUAACGCUCGUCAGCUCCAUACUCUACUGCAGUAUUCCGCUAAUUAAGUCUUGCGGUAAUAAUAAUAAUAAUAAAAAUAAUAAAAAUAUGGAUAAUAAUAAUAAUAGUAAUUAUGGUUAUCAUGAUAUAAAUAAUGAUAGCACUGAUAAUGAUUAUUAUAAUAAUAAUGAUGCAGUGAGUGAGAAAAGAAGACGAUGGUUGUGUUGGUUGUAAUGGAAAAAUAGGUAUUUGAUGUAGUUUAUAUUAGCGUGUAAUGUGUGUGUGUGUUUGUGUACGUGUGCGUGUGCGUCUAUGGCGUUUUCAUAAUGAUGCCAGUAGUUACGCUCGCAAGCAGUUUGUUGCUAGCAGUCAUACCCAUCUAUAAGUAUCAACAUCGAUCAUAUCUUAACAGCAACAACAACAACAGCAACAACAACAAAAACCACAACAACAAUAAUAAUAACAAUAAAUUUAGUUAUGAUAAGGAUGAUGAUAGCAGCUGCAACAGUCGGGGAUCAUGUGGUUUAUCCGAAUCCUCGAUGAGAAUAAACUGAAGAUGAUGAUAAUAAUAUAAUGGAAGAUAAUAUUAAUAUUAUACACACACGCACAUACACACACGCCGCACAAACACACACACACAAACGACAAAAAUUAUUUGUAGAAUUUUAAAAAUUAAUUUUAAAAAUUAAACAAUUUAAUUAUUUUUCGAAUUAUCUAAAACAUACUUUAAACAUUGACACAGAAAUUGUAGUUGUUAUUUAGCAAAAAUGCGCUCUAGAAGUGGAUUAAGAGUUCUGUAUAUAGGAAAACUAUGUUAUAUAUGUGUGUGUGUGUGUGUCCGUGCGUGCGUGUGUGUGUGUCCGUGCGUGCGUGUGUGUGUGUGUGUAUGUGCAUACGUGUCGCUAAGCGUGUGUUUUGUCUCAUAAACUUCCGUUUUACUGUCAACUUAUCGGGCUCCGAUCAAUAUUAUUGACAAAAGCUGUUGCAUCUUCUCUACUACGUGUAUGGAUGAAAUACAAAUAAUGUUUAAAAUU